CCUGCGCGGAGGUGGAGUAGAAGCCUCGAGUAGUGGUUCCAGGUCUUUUAGGACCGUACGGGGCAGAUAUUCACGAGAAUGGAGAGAAAAAACGGGUCCGACUCAAAUCACUUAGCUGUAGAGUGGCACAGGCUGAAGGAGGGAAAGGACACGCUAUUCCAAAUGCCCGCCGGCCUUGCCUCCGGGGGCGCGGCCUCCGCGAAGCCAAUCGGCUCCUCGCCUCAGGGAUGGACACCGCCCCUUUUCCAUUAGGGAAGGUCCUUUUCGGGUCUAUUGAGCUUUCCGACUCCGAGUAACCAAUCCUUUGCCUUCAUACACGAGGGGCGUGGACCUGCGCCUAGGUCGAAUGUUUUCCAUGAUCGAACAUUUCUCAUUGGUUUCCCUUCUUCCGCUGAGGUGGAGCCUAUGCCUUCCGCGCUCCCUUUUGGGUUGUGCAACCCUCAGGGGACCAACCCCCAAAGCCCUAGGGACACAGGAAGGCGUGCUCUCAGAACGAGAGUCCGCAUUGGCUUCACCCGUAGAGAAAGGGUGGGAUGGUGUAGUCGCUCUUCUUGUUCAUUGGUCCGGUGAUUCCAUGGGGUGGGAUUUGGCUGGGCCUAAACUAUCCGCGGUCCCGGACCGGUUUCAGGGCGAAGCUGCCAUGCCUUCCGGGGGCCGCGGGCGGCCCCGGCUACGGCUGGGGGAACGUGGCCUCUUGGAGCCACCCUCACCGCCCAAGCGCCGCCUGCUACCGCGGGCGCACUUCUUGCCUCUGCUUCUGCUGUCCCUGGCCGUGGCCUCGGCGUUCUACACCAUCUGGAGCGGCUGGCACCGCCAGACUGAGGAGCUGCCGCGGGGCCGGGAGCUGCGGGGCCGGUUGAUCGGAAGCCUCCCUGAAGCCCGGCUGCGGAGGGUGGUGGGGCAACUGGACCCACACCGUCUCUGGAACACUUACCUGCGCCCCCUGCUGGUUGUGCGGACCCCGGGCAGCCCCGGCAAUCUCCAAGUCAGAAAGUUCCUGGAGACUACCCUACGGACCCUGACGGCAGGCUGGCAUGUGGAACUGGACCCCUUCACGGCCUCGACACCCCUGGGGCCACUGGACUUUGGCAACGUGGUGGCCACGCUGGACCCAGGGGCUGCCCGUCACCUCACCCUUGCCUGCCAUUACGACUCCAAGCUCUUCCCAUCUGGGUCGGCUCCCUUUGUGGGGGCCACGGAUUCGGCCGUGCCUUGCGCCCUGCUGCUGGAGCUGGCCCAGGCCCUGGACAGGGAGUUGAGUAGAGCCAAGGAGCAGGAAGCCCCGGUGACUCUGCAGCUGCUCUUUUUGGAUGGCGAGGAGGCACUGAAGGAGUGGGGACCCAAGGACUCCCUUUAUGGCUCCCGGCACCUGGCCCAGCUCAUGGAGUCUGCACCCCACAGCCCAGGCCCCACCAGGAUCCAGGCUAUCGAGCUCUUCAUGCUUCUUGAUCUCCUGGGCGCCCCCAAUCCAAACUUUUACAGUCACUUUCCUCACACGGCCCGCUGGUUCCAUCGGCUGAGGAGCAUAGAGAAGCGUCUGCACCGCUUGAACCUGCUGCAGUCCCAUCCCCAGGAGGUGAUGUACUUCCAGCCCGGGGAGCCCCCUGGCUCUGUGGAAGAUGACCACAUCCCCUUCCUCCGCAGAGGGGUCCCAAUACUCCACCUCAUCUCCAUGCCCUUCCCCUCUGUCUGGCACACGCCUGGCGACUCGGAGGCCAACCUGCACCCCCCCACGGUGCACAACCUGAGUCGCAUCCUCGCCGUGUUCCUGGCUGAGUAUCUGGGGCUCUAGCCCCCCCUUGGCGGACUCUGAAGGAGAAGUGUCCAGCUGGGACGUCCCAAGGGCACCCGGAGCCAACAGAGCUCAAGCCAGGCUGCCUGAUCCUUUCUUCAGCUCUAUUUAUGCCAUGACCGGAAGAUCCUCUUUCCUUUGAUGGUCUCAAGCUGUCACUCUUCAAAGACACGGAAGAGACAAGGCCACUGUGGGGGCGAGAGCCAAAGGCAUGAGAGCUCGGACCCUGUCCUGAAGCACUUGGUUUGAAGGUUCACAGGCACCAAAUGCUGUUUGGUUGGAGUCAGCAGACCUUGGCCAGGCAUCUGGACCAGCAGCACCGCCCCACCAAAUGAAUCCUCCGUGGCUUAUGUUCUUACGAUGUCAGUGGAUUGCCAUGGGGGGUCCACAGGGGACGUGCUUGUAAACAGGAACAGAGGAGACGGAAGCCGAUAUUUGGGGGCUCGAGUCUGCCAGACCCAAGGGCAAUAAACCAGUGUGUCUGGGGAACAUAUUCGGCAGAAUUAGCAUGACUAGGUGUUGCAUGAGAAAGGGGGAUCAGAGACGCGGGAUGAGACAUUAAAGGAGUUUCUUCAUUGCACAAUGUGACAUUUCCAAGAGUAAGACAGAAUGCAGUGUUGUUUCCCCCAAACUAUUUCAGCGUGGAGCCCCUUUAUUGCAAGGCUCGUGGAACUAGGGUACCUCAGAAGUCACAUUGGGAAACACUUGGUUUUGACAAGUUUGAGUGUGUCCGUGGAGGGAGUAAGACGGACCUUGAUUCACUGCCCACCAGGUCUACCAAACCAUCCUUUGUCUUUCUGUUGUGGGUGUGGGAGUGUGAGAAGGUGGGGGUCACUGCAACUCCAGUUGAGGACGUAUUUCCCAACCCUACCUAAUAUUCAGGCUCAAGUGGAGCGCUUAUUCAAAAAUUCAGAAUCCCAGGUUCCUCCCGUUCCCCCCCGCCCCACAACCACCACCCAAACUUGCUGAAUCAGAACUCCAGAGAGGGGCUGGGACUUUGCAAUGAGCACCCGAGGAAGCCUUCCCAUCCCCCAUAAAGCUGGGGGAGACAUGCUGUCCUUAAGGUGCGUUCCCGACAGCUUAGCAAACCUACUCAAAAGAAAACCAUAAAAUGGAGGGUGCCUAGAAAGGGAGUCCUCUGCCGGGCUCUGUGCCUGCUGGUUUUGUGACUUUGAUGGAGUCCCGGCAGGCAGUUACGUAGUGAAGGUGAGCCCUGGCCUUCCGAGCCAGCUCGGGGCUGGAGAAGACUCCAGAAAACUCACAGGCUGAAACCCAGGAUAUCAAAUGAGAGAGGAGAAAUAGGUCCUCGUUCGUGGUUUUCCACACUAGCUGACCUUCAUCUGGCACCUGCUGUGUGCCAGGCGCCGUGAGCACUUUACACAGAUCGGCUCAUGGAGUCACCGCCCAAGUCCUGAGGUAGGUACAAUUUCGGUUCUCAUUUUGCAAAGGAAGUGGCUAGGGCCGAGAAUGAUACCCCAUUGUUUACAGAGCCCACGUUCUCACCCACAACUGCACUCUUAACCCCAUGUCUCAUCUCCCAGAAAUCACCUGUGCUGGCCCAACAGAUGGUUGACAAAAAGUAGCUCCUCCUGCCGCAUAAUUAACUGCAAGUUAGAGCGGGGUUGGAGGGACACUGGUGGCCUCUUACAGGUGGACAUGGCACUAGUCGAGUUUAGAAAUGGAAGUUCUGUGUCUUCUAUCAACAGCCAGGGUGGCCUGGAUCCAAGCCACAGGCACGGCUCCUGUUUGUUCAUUUCUUGUGUGUUACCCACAGUGCCAAGCACUCGAGAGGGUUUCAUCUCCCCUUAGCCUCACUGCCAUCCCCAAGGGAGGGGAGACCAUCACCUCGGUGUUAGAGACGGGGAGCCGUGUGUUCAGUUACACACCCCGGGCUCUCUACGUCUCCUGCAAGACCUCCCAGUGGGGUGUACUGAGUACCAGGCACCGGGCAGGGAGGCCUGAUGCACAUUUCACCCUUGAAUCUGGGACAGGGAUCCUUAGCCCCAUUUCACAGAUGAGGCUGCUGGUGCUUGGCCAGGUGUUCUUCCGCAGCUCCCACUUGUCCCCCAAACUAGGGGCUUUCCGGUUUUGCAACUCUGGAGGGGCCGCUAGGUUUAUCUGAAAUACACCUGUUGAGCAAUCCAGGUGCCGAUGACUCACACAUCGAUCUUUCGAAGAAGGGUCAGUAUUCUCAUUUUGCACUUGAACAAACAGCUUCAGAGAAAUCAAUGGCUAUAGGUCACGUAGCCGGACACAUUCAUGCGACGUGUCUAGGGGCACUUUUUUUUUUUAAUUCGCUCUGCUUAUAAUUAUUUGGGCUUGUUGGUGUCAUUCAUCAGUCUAGGAUUCGCCAACCAUCCUGUCUUUAAAUAUUACCUUUGUACCAUUGUCUCUUCUGAUUCUAGAAGGUCAACUGAAUAUGUUAGACAUUGUAUUCUCCAUGACAUUCUUUCAUAUUUUUGUGUGUGUCUCUUUUUUGUCUCUGUGCUAACUUUCCAGACCUAGCUCUAGUUCAACAAAUCUGUUUUCAGUCAUGUCUUAUUUGCUGUUUAGCCCAGCUAUUGAGUUUUUACUUUGGGUUAUUGAGUCUGUGGCUCUUUUUUUUCCCUGUUAUUGUUAUUUAAUAUAAUCUGUUGUCAAAUUGGCUAA